UACUGGGCUAAUGCUUGUUGGAACUUUGAUCAAACUUCCCAUUCUCCGUCCGUGCUCCCGAUAACCUUUGUCAAAUUUCCGAAAAAUGGCCGUGCACGCGUUCGUCACACUGCCCCUACACUGACAAGAACUCCUUUAUAUAGCAUGACAUCGCUCCUCCUGCUACAGCUCAUCUCCUGUUGUCCUGUGUUGCGAGUCCCGUAUCCUUUGCUCGCUCGCCGUGUUGCCGUGUUGCCGUGUUGCUAUUCCCCGUCAUCAUGAACCGUGACUCCACACCAACCAUUCUGGCGCGCUGCGAUCUAUACGUGGACGGCGAGAGUCAAGCACUGAUAUGUCGCAAGUGCAAAUACGCACUUGCCACAGCAAGUUCGCAGGUCACCACCCACCUAGACAGGAAGCACGGCGUUCCUAAGGAGCUGCGCAAGGGGCUCACGCAGUAUCUUCGUCAGCACCCGUGUGCGUUCAAAGACCCAAGCAGUAUCUCUCUCCGCCCGCACGCAUCAACACCGCAUCCUGAGCUCAACGUUCAUGAAGGCUUCGCUUGCCGCCAGUGCGAGUUCUAUACCAUCAGUCUCAAACAAUUGACUAGCCAUCUCAGCAAGCUCCAUCUGCGCGAACGGGCUUCCAAACCGAGGACCGACGGCUUGUACGACGAUGUGUUCCUCCAGACAUGGGGGGACGGCCCGACGCGCAAAUACUGGACAGUAUCAACGAACGGAAGCACGCUACGUCAGCUAAGCCUAUCAUGUGCUGACGAACAUCUCAAACUGGUGCGAGAGCGCGAGCAGGCUCGACGUGAGGAGCAACAGCGCACCGCGCUGACUUAUAUGGGAACUCAGACGCUGCAGAACACGGGCCCCUGGAUGGAGCGCACUCGCUGGCCCAUCACGUACCAGGGCGUUCGCCGCGAUGUGUUGCUGGGCCUUGCUGAGUUGCCCGUAGUGCACGAUGGUGUCGACCGGACCAUCGGACAAUCAGAGCAUGAUUCGAACAUCAUAAGCCCCGCUGGAGAUGAGCAGAAGAUAUGGCAUUUAACACAAGCUGUCCAGAUCGUGCUUGAUAGAUGUGAAGAGACCAUGCGCCGCACCGGCCGUCCGCUCUUGUGCUGGCUGAUCACCACGAGCCCAUCGCCCUGCUUUCCGAAGCCCUUUAAGUUUCUUGCUCGAGAGCAAACUAGAAAGUAUUAUCGCCGGUGGCUGAAGUGCUUUCUUGCAUUCGUAUUCCGCGCAUGGCGCAUGGAGUCGAGCAAGCGCUCGAUGCUACCUGGCCUCCAAUUCAGUCGGAAGCAAUUGACUCGCUUGCGCUCGAUAUGGGAUCAUCGUCUAUGGGACCAUUGUAUUGGGCUAGACCUCUGGUCGGACCUUGCAGGUGAUCAACAGAGAAGGAGCAGCGACAGGAGUGCGACUGACGACAGCCAGCGUGGAAGCGAAGCAAAUGAAAAGACUGACGAUGGAGAGGCUGACGAAGAAGCUACAACCGAACAGGACGAGACAGAUCAAGACGAGGAGCAGGACGUCGGAUCGGACGUGGCAGAUAUAUCAGGAGAGGAUGAGGAUGCUUUGCAAAGCGACAGCAGUACCGCCUCGUCCUUACGGGAGCCUGUCUUGAGCGACAAAGCUAGUGCGAUACAUGCUGCAGCUGCCGAGCUGCUAGAGCUCCUUUUCGAAUUGUGCAUUACAUUCAUGACGGAAGAGUUCAAAGACGGGCAACCAAGCCCAAGUACGCUCGUGUUCUACAGUGGCAUCCUCGCGCUGCAAGGCGCUGGCGAAACAUUUCGGACAGCAAAAUCAUUUACUCCUAUCCUGUCGCAGCUUAUUUACGUCCAGCGACUGCUCUUCUUGGAGUACGCUUUGCCCUACAGGGCGUACCCACACAUAGGCUUAGAACAACGGCCAAGAUACGGGCAGCUGGAGCAAUUGAACGUCGUGCGACUCAAGUACAUGGUAGAAGGUGCCAUGCAUCCUCUCGCAGAGUUCCAGAGUCUUCGAGACUUUGGUCGAGUGAUUGGGCGCACAGAUGCUCCAUCGUUUCUCUUCCGUUGGAGCGAUGAUGGCCAGACUAUCUCACAUGGCACCAAACAGGUCACUAUGGACAGUUUCCGCCGCUUCAGCGAGGUCUUCGUGGAUGAAGCGGAGGACCUCUGCCGAGAGCUGAUGUUCGGAGUUCUUCCGCCCGUAGAUCUUAGUCAGGUGAAGGAUGAGAUUGGCAACACCAGCCAGGGGUUCUCAUUUGUUCAUCAUCCUGACAAUCAUCUGUCGGAGGCCUAUCUGGAGCUGUCUACCCGGACUUGCACCACUCGCCGGAACGGGCUGUUAAGGGAAGGCCGCUGGAAUUGGAAAGCGAUCUUCCUCUAUCUUAAAAAGAUGGAGGCUUUUCAGGAGGCAGUGGCGGGGAUGUGCUACACGAGUGGGGGGCAGUUCCCCCGAGUCUCUGAACUCUUCGGCCUAGAAUGCGAGAACGGACCAACGAGCGCUAGAGGCUUUUAUAUGUACAACGGCCAUGUUUUCUACCUCACCCGACACCACAAAGCGAAAAGAUCGACCAAUCGUGAGUCCUACGUUGCCCGCUACCUACCGGCACGGGCGAGUCGAGUUGUUUAUUAUCAUCUCGUUUAUAUCUGGCCCUUUGUCAGGAUGUUGCGACGAGAGAGACGGGACGACCUGUCAAAGCACAGCAGCACGCUUCUGUUCUGCUCUGAUCAGGCCCCGGAUCGACCCUAGGAAUCCCGCAAGCUUACAGCAGUCCUCCAAAGAGCCAGCUCGCAGGUGUGGGGAUGGGUCGUCAACGCUCAAUUAUGCAG